AUGAGUCUGUCAACUGUUCCUCUUAGACAGGAUACUCCUCUCUUUGGUCAGCCUCCCCGUAUCCAAGACCUGUCUUUACCUACACCAACCCCUUCUUUGCCUUCCAAUAUUGCUGCUACAUCCUCCACUGAUGUUCAAUGCUCGUCGGUGUUUAAUCGAUCUACUCUUAAUUUUGUACCUGCUACUCCUGCUCUUCUCAAAAAAUCAAAAUUGCCAUUUUCACUUAUUGUUGAACCUUUCCCAAGUCAUGUAAAUGUACCUGUUGUUACAGACACAAUCGUCAGUCGUUGUACUCGUUGCAAGACCUACAUCAAUCCUUUUGUCAAAUUCGUAAAUAUGGCUGAUUGGCAGUGUAAUAUGUGUGGGCUUGAUAAUGAAGUUCCCCGUGCUUUUGAUUGGGAUGAGGCUCAACAGCAGCACACUGAUCGAUGGAGCCGUCUUGAACUGAACCAUGGCUGUGUUGAUUUUGUUGCUCCUGCCGAAUACAUGGUCCGUCCUCCUCAACCACCAGUCUACGUAUUUGUCAUCGACACUUCUUUCCAAGCCGUCCAGACUGGCAUGAUUGGCGUUAUUGCAGAUGCCAUCCUAGCAUCUCUUGACAAAUUGCCCAACGAGGACGGUCGUACAAAAGUUGCGUUUGUUACAGCAGAUGAUGCUGUUGCGUUUUACAAACUUAUUGGAGAAGAACCCGAGGUUUUGGUGGUCGGUGAUCUGAGCGACAUAUACCUGCCACGCGCUUCUUCGGAUCUUGUAGUCAAUCUGGUCGAGAGUCGAUCGGUUGUUGAAGAUCUUUUGGGCCGAAUGAAGACCAUGUACCAAAACACUCAUUCGUCGACGAAUUGUCUUGGAUCCGCUCUCCAAGCAGCCCGUAAAUUGUUGUCACCUACAGGUGGAAAGAUCGUCUGUUUCCAGGCUAGUAUCCCAACUGUCGGCGAUGGUGCUGUAAAGCCAACCCCAGAUCAAAAGAAUUCUGUCACAGAUGGUCCUCUGAUGGUACCAUCCAGUGCAUUUUACCGUACAUUUGCCACCGAGUGCACAAAGUCUCAAGUGUGUGCCGAUAUGUUUGUUAUCGGUGGUCACUACUCUGAUCUGGCUACAUUAAAUGUUAUUCCUCGUUUUACUGGAGGACAGACCCACUUUUUCCCUCAAGACAAGAUCCACUCUCAGGCAGAUAAACUCAAAUUGACGAUGGAAAUCAUAGCCGUUCUUUCGGAGAAGGUCGGACUGGAAGCCGUAAUGCGCACCCGUACUUCACCUGGUUUGGUCUGCCACGCAUUCCACGGCAAUAGCACUUUGCGUCCUCCGGAUAUCAUGGCUUUGCCAAAUGUCCCUCGCGACCAGUCCUACUGCGUUGACCUGAUCUUAGAGGAAGAGAUUAAAUCAUCUGUAGUAUAUUUCCAGACUGCUCUGCUCUACACCACGUGCUUUGGUGAACGUCGUAUUCGAGUAAUGAACUUGUGUUUGCCAGUUACUCGUAUUGCAGCCGAAGUAUUCACAGGCGCAGAUCAGUUUGCCAUUGCCCGUUCAUUGUGUCAUCAAGCUAUCGACAAGGCUGUCACUAGUAAACUCAAGGAUGCUCGUGAGCAAUUGUCAAAACAGACAAGUGAUAUUUGCAACGCUUAUGCAAAAGAAGUUGUUGGAACUGGUUCAUCCACAGCACCCCUGUCUAUGCCUCUACACCUCGCACUUCUUCCAUUGGCUAUUUUGAGUAUCAUAAAGACGGAUGCGUUCAAUGAUUCGCCUUUAGUUCACAUUGAUUUGCGCUCUCAAUCUACAGUCUUGCUGCGAAUCCUGGCUAUGGAUGCGUGGGUCAAAUAUAUUAUUCCUAGAUUCUAUGCUUUACACAGCAUGUCACCCGUGACUGGCUCUGUUGAUCCUACUACUGGAAAAUUCAUCAUGCCAACCAAUCUCAACCUCUCAAGCGAAAAGCUAGCUCCUCAUGGCUGCUAUAUGCUCGAGAAUGGCCAACAGAUCUUCUUGUGGAUCGGAAAGGAUGCUAUGCCUUCCCUUUGUGUAGACUUGUUAGAUGUUCCCAAGAUAACCUCCGUAAAAUCGGGUCAAAUUACUUCCUUGCCCACUCUAAAAUCUGCCUUGUCUCAACAAGUUAAUGCUAUUAUUAAGUACCUUAGAACCGAGGGCCGUAAAAACACAUACUAUCCUUCACUCUAUGUGGUUCGUGAGGAUGAUGACCCUGUUUUGCGUAGCUUGUUCUUGAGUCACUUGGUAGAAGAUAGACAACCAAAUGGACCUGCUCUUGCUGGAUCUAACCAACCAAUGGUUAGUUCUGGGAUGAGUUACUUCCAGUGGCUAGGACAUGUACGUUCCAAAUGCCAGCCUUAA